GGAUGCAGCUGUCGGCGGGGGCGCGGGAGCGGGUGGCGGCGGUGCAUGGCGGGGGGGGCUUGUCCGAGCGCCUGCGGCUGUACGACGGCUGGGCCGCCCUCUACGAGCAGGAUGUGGCGGCGCUGGAGUACCGGGCACCGCACCUGGCCGCCGCUUCGCUCGCCUCCGCCUUCCCCGCGCCGCCCGCCGGGGCGCGGCUGCUCGACGUGGCGUGUGGCACCGGGCUCGUAGCGCGGGAGCUCCACCGCCGCGGCUUCCGCUGCCUGCACGGCGUGGACGGCAGCGCGGGGAUGCUGGAGCGGGCGCGGAGCACCGGGCUCUACCAGCAGCUGCGACGGUGCGUCCUGGGCCAGGAACCGCUGCCCGCGCCCGCAGAGCACUACGACGCCGUGACGGUGGUGGGAGCCCUGGGCGAGGGGCAGGUGCCGAGCGCGGCCGUGCCGGAGCUGCUGCGUGUCACCAAACCGGGUGAGGGGGCGGGUGUCCCCCCGCUGUCCCCACCCCGCCGGGACACCCGUGGUGGCAGGACGGGGAUGACGGGUGCCAGCAGGAGGUUUCCUCUGCCUGACGACCAGGAGCAACCCCUCGAACCGGCGGUACAAGGCGGAGCUGGAGGCCGUGCUGGAGGGGCUGGAGGGGCAGGGAGCCUGGCAGAAGGUGCUGGCCCAGGAGGUGGAGUGCUGGGAGAGGGCCACCUCGGAUGAGGAGAGCACCCAGGGCACCGGCUACAUCUCCGGGGUGGUCUACAUCUAUCAGAAAUGCCCCGUGCCCUGCCUGGAGGAGGGCUGAGGGCCAAUGUGGCUCUGGGAGAGGCGGGGUGAGCGCUUGGCCUCUUGUAAAACCCAGCCCAUUGAGCCCCUCCUCAAGCAGGGCCACUACUGGGGGGUGACAGUGUUUUUGGGAAGCAUCCCCAUUCCCUUCCCUGGAUCCUUCCUCCUGAGGUCUGGGCUCUGGGGACCUUGCCGGCUCCUCAGCAUGGCGUGGGGCUUCUGCUUUCACUGUGGUCUCCAGGGCACCGCCGUUAGCUCUGACGUUCAGGUACCGUUCCCAGCACCUCGGCCCUCGCCGUGACACCUCACGGACCCACUUGGCUGUUCAGAGUCAUCUCCGGUCCGGGAUGUCUUCUCCCCACCAAGCCCACCCUCUCUGCCCUCAUGGGCAAAAUCUGGAUCCUUCUUCAUCUUCUCCACCCCAGACCCUGUGGUCUUUACCUGGAGACUGUUGGAGGUGGGUCCCCAUCCUCAUCCUCCCCAAGAGUUAACCCAACACACACCGAGCUGCAGGAGACCCCCACAUCCAGCCCAGGAGCAGCUGUGCCAAGGUGACACCCAGCCCGAGCAGCUUUCCAAGCUCCACAUCAGCCUUUCAUCCCACAAUAGCUGCUUAAGUCUCUUAUUUUCCUACAGCUUUGUAGUUAAUGGUCUGGGUGGGAAAUGAGGCUGGAAGGGACUUCAGGAGCCACCCGGCAUGGCCUGCCCAGCCUGUUCCCCUCGCCCCUCACCACGCUGCCUCCACCCCUCCUCCCCCACUGCUCCCUUGGGAAGUUUUUUACCCAAAUCUCUUGCUGGGAUAUUUCCUUUUUUCCUUUUCUCUUCCCCCAGACCUGUUCCUGCUUGCCCCAUUCCCAUGGCUCUGGGGAACAGGUUACAUCCCCUCAGGAGCUCUUCCCUGGUGGGAGACAGUAACUGUGCCUGUCCCUGUCCCCCACCCAGGUCACCGCACAUCUCCUACACUCCCCUUCCCUGUGGCUCUUGUCACCCUUCCAUGUUGCCCCCCCAAGUCUUGGGGUCCCUGCGCCCCUCUCCCCCUGUUUGUCCACUGGGCAGCUGGGGGUCGUGGCUGUCCCCGUCCCUGCAUUUGGCUGUUGAAUAAACCCCCGUGCCACCA